CGUCCCUUCAAAAAUAUAUCAGUGCUACUGAGCGGGCGGGCAGAACAGUCCGGCCUGAAAAUGAUCGAAUGAGCUCGUAUCUGUUGCCAGGGCAGGUUUAAGCGGGGAAGAGGGCGGCUUUCCUGGCUGUUGACAGCGGGCUCGCGGAGCGUCUUCAGCGGGGAGCGCUGCGGUCCUGCCGCUUACACUGCUGCUACAAUGUUCGUUCAGGAAGAGAAGAUGUUUGUAGGCAAAGUCUUGAAAGUCCAUGUCUGUACAAUGGAGGGUACCGAGUGGCUGGAGGAAGUCACGGAAGACACCACUGUAGAGAAACUCAAGGAGAAGUGCUUAAAGCAUGUAGGUCUGUCAUCGGUUAGCUGGCAUUGUUAGCCGACCCGGACAGGCCCGCUGGAUUCUCAGAGUCAUUGCCAAGUAUUUUUAGUAACUAGCAGACGAGUCGACGGGGCUAUUUAUAAUUUAGCAAGCUGGACGGUCACCUCCGUCUCUGUGGCUACUGUAACUAAGUUACCCUGGUUGGUUUACAGUGUAGAACUGACAUUAACUUGUUGACAGCCUCUUUCUGUUCACAAUGUAUCUGUCAGGUACUCAGAUCCGUGCAGCUCAACUCACCUUGACACCCAUUCAUGUUUUCUUGUGUCCAUGGAAGUCUAGAGGAUCCUAAAACUCUUACACAUCACAAACUCAUUCAUGCUGCCACUGAAAGAAUUCUCACUGAAUCCAAAACUGUUGCUGAGGAAAAUCUUAAAGACAAAGACUGCUUAUUAUUGAUAAAGAAAAGACCUCCGCAGGCUCCGCCAAAAAUGACUGACAUAUCUUCUGAAGAGAAGAAGAAGCAAGAGAACAAAGCGCCAGAUAAGGACGCCAUCCUCAAAGCCACAGCAAACCUGACCACUCGCAACACUGACCGCACUGUAACUCAACACAGUAUCAGAGAUUUUCAAACAGAGCUGAGGAAGAUUCUGGUCUCACUUAUUGAGGUGGCUCAGAAGCUGCUGGCUAUGAAUCCAGAUGCUGUUGAGCUCUUCAAAAAGGCCAAUGCCAUGCUGGAUGAGGAUGAGGAGGAUGGUGUGGAUGAAACGGCCCUGCAGCAGCUGACUGAGAUGGGUUUCCCUGAGAGUCGUGCUGUGAAGGCUCUACGCUUAAACCACAUGUCUGUGACCCAGGCUAUGGAAUGGCUGAUUGAGCAUGUGGAUGACCCCAUGGUUGACACGCCUCUCCCUGGACAGGACAGCCCAGGGGUGAUGGCCGCUGCGGCCCCUGCUCCUGCCCCACCUCCCUCUGCCACUGCUUCAGGAGUCCGGGCCCGUCCUUCAUCCCAGGCUAGCCUAGAAGAGGCCAAACAAGAUGAACUGACGGAGAUCUUCAAACGGAUCAGAAGGAAAAGAGAGUUCAGGCCUGACUCACAGGCAGUGAUUGCACUGAUGGAGAUGGGCUUCGAUGAGAAGGUGGUGAUUGAUGCCCUCCGCGUCAAUAAUAAUCAACAGGGUGCAGCUUGUGAAUGGCUGCUGGGUGACAGAAAGCCCACCCCUGAGGAUCUGGACAAGGGCAUUGAUACUAGCAGUCCCCUGUUUCAGGCCAUCCUGGAGAAUCCCGUCGUACAGCUUGGUCUCACAAACCCCAAGACUCUUCUUGCGUUUGAGGACAUGCUGGAGAACCCGCUGAAUAGCACGCAGUGGAUGAAUGAUCCUGAGACAGGCCCCGUCAUGCUCCAGAUCUCCAGAAUCUUCCAGACACUCAACCGCACGUAAAGCACACCUCACCUGUGGAGCGGCCAGAAGCACAGUCUAGCAUAGAGAAAAAGGUCAAUCAGUGUGUGUGUGUGUGUGUAUAGGUUAUGUGUGUGCAUGUGCGCGUGUAUGUGGCAUAACUAACUGUUUUAAGUGGAGAAGUCCAAAAGAUGAAUGUAAACAUAAGAUGAUGACAUUUUCACAUCAUGUUAUACAGAGGAAAAUAUCUAUUUAUCUAUAACUACACAACACUUGUACAAAUACAAUGUAAGCAGUAGCUUAAUGAUAAAUAGCUAACUUCAUUAUUUAGUUUUUUAUGUUUUAAUAAGAUCUGUUUUUAAUUAUAGUAAGCACAUUAUUUUAUAUAAUUUCUCUAUAUAAUUGUUCAAUUGGACAUCAAAAAAAAAAAAGAGAAUUUUUUUUUUUUGGUGUGCUCAAAGAUCAAAUUACAGCCUUAUCAAUUAUUUAACACUUCACAUGGUACAUUUGUCAUAUUGUUUCUGCAGGGAGAUGAACAGUGUGUGUUCAGUUAUUUUUAUUAUCGGUUCAAAAAUAAAAUCCACUUAUGUAUUCGAUUAGAAGUUUCUUCCAAAAACAUUCAGUGAACCAAUGUACAAUUUAGGGAAAGCCAUGCAAGCACCAGCAGUUUUUGGCAACUCCUCAUUUUAAAGAUUAUUCAAGCUUUGUGGUUUCAUUAACACUACAGACAUUUCUGUGAUGACGCAAUAGCAAUCUGCAGCCCCUGACAGACAUAGAUAAGUGACGGAUAUUGAAAUCGAACCUGAUCCCUUUGUUCCUCUCAUCUCUUUCAUUCUUCUGAUCUAUUCAGAUAUAAUCUGUUCAAAUAGACACAAGUCAGUUUAGAACAAAGAUGGUAUAAUCGAGUACUGGGUCAUUACCUUCGUUUUUUUUUCCCAGUAGCUCCUGCAUCAGGAGUUUUCAAGUAUUACAGUACAUUUGUCCACUAUCAUCAUGAUCUCGCUCGCAUCCCUGCACAUGUGUAAUGUGAGGCUUACUUUACAUGAUUACAGGAGGCUGGACAGACUUUAGUUUGUACCAACUCAAAUAAAAUGACUUUUCUUUUAUGGACUGGUUCUUUUACACGGUAUGUUUGCUCAAGUUGGUUGUGUUUAAUAAUAAUGAUGACAUAAAUGUGCUGUCAGUGUCA